CAAAAGCUUGCAAUUUUAUUAAGAAGAAGAGCUUCGCCGUUGUUCUUUAAUGGAGCCUCCUGCUGCUGCUGCUUUAAUUGGCCGUUUGAGGCCUGUGCUCAAGACCGAGAAACCUGACCAUGACCCCGACCGCGACGGUGAAGCCAAUUCUCCGUCCUCUAAACAACGUCUCCUCCUUAAGAUGGAGAAUUAUGGGAAGCAAGAUCARCAUGAAGCAGAAGAUAAGACAMGCAGCUCAUCUGAACAAAAAGAUUUAACCUGCACAAAACUUCAGGAAGAUGAACUGGAAUGUGCGCGAGCGGAAAUGGGAGAAGUGAGAGAAGAAAACGAGAGGCUGAAGAUGAGUCUCAGUCGGAUGAUGAAGGAUUACGAGGCCCUUCGGAUGCAAUUCAUGGGGAAGAAAUUAUGUCACCAAACAACAACGACGGAGGAAACGGAACUGGUGUCGCUGACGCUCGGCAGGUUUCCGGCGCCGCUGCUUCUUACAGCAGUCUGCAAGCUUAGUUUGCAGGGUAAGGUGAUCUUGUUCUUCUGGGGUUUUGGUUUUCUCAGGAAUGGUGGAAUAGGGGUUUUUGAAGUGGGUACAUUGAGUGUGGUUGGUGGGUAA